CCUCUCUCUAACAAAUCUCUCUUUAUUACUAUAUAUUCUCUCAAAAAAAUUUAUUAUUUAUUAUAAAUAUUUAUAAAAUAUUAUUUAAAAAUGGGUUCAUCUUCCGACGAUGAAAGAAGAGCUUUAUUUUUUCGUUGUUUCGCGACGAAUUGUAUUCAAUGGUGGGAAGAUGGCCAAGAAGAAGCCGAAUCCUCCCGACGACGGACCCGACGCCAACGUCUUAACCGGGAUCGAGCGGCCGCCCACGAUUCACUUCUAAACGACUACUUUAAUAAUCCGUGUGUUUAUACACCGGAGGAUUUUAGUAAUCGUUUUCGGAUGAGUCGUCCUCUGUUCUUACGCAUACUCGCCGAUGUUGAACGCGAAGUUCCUUGGUUCAACCAACGGAAAGGAAAUGGAGACUCCGUCUCAGACUCCAACAACGGAAGGCGCAAGAAACUAGAGAAUCCUUUUCCAAAUCCAAUUGGAACUCUUCAAAUCUCAAUUAUAAAAAGAAGGGAUAUAUACGGAGAACGAGGAAGGAGGGACGGAAACGGAACAGAGAGAGCCGACCUAGGGUUUCGACCCUAGGUCCGGCGCGGCACUCGGCGACUCAACUCCGGCGAUGGUGGCGACGGCGACAUGGGUCCGGCGAUGGAGGCCAUGGAUAGUGCAAUUGAAUUGGUAGUCUUUGGUCUCUUCUUUGGCAGUGAACGAACAAAGGAGCAAUACACAGGGGAGUUUCUUUGACUUCUAAUUUUAUUUCAAACUUUUAAUUAGGAUUUUGAAUUUGUUUAAUUUCCAAUUGAUGAAUUUGAUAUCCAUUAUUUAAAUAUAAUAUUUUCAAUUCGAAUUCUAUGUUGAAUGUUUAAGUUAUAUUNGGAGACUCCGUCUCAGACUCCAACAACGGAAGGCGCAAGAAACUAGAGAAUCCUUUUCCAAAUCCAAUUGGAACUCUUCAAAUCUCAAUUAUAAAAAGAAGGGAUAUAUACGGAGAACGAGGAAGGAGGGACGGAAACGGAACAGAGAGAGCCGACCUAGGGUUUCGACCCUAGGUCCGGCGCGGCACUCGGCGACUCAACUCCGGCGAUGGUGGCGACGGCGACAUGGGUCCGGCGAUGGAGGCCAUGGAUAGUGCAAUUGAAUUGGUAGUCUUUGGUGGCAGUGAACGAACAAAGGAGCAAUACACAGGGGAGUUUCCU